AUGUCAGAUAAAAUCGACGAGGCAGCGACCGAAGUGAGGAUCAGCCAAGAUGAGAACCCGAAAGCCGAACAGCAGAUGAUUGAUCCCGUACUGGAGAAGAAACUCAUAAGAAAGGUCGACCUGAAUCUUGUUCCCAUUCUCUUCUUGCUCUUUCUCUGUGCCUUUAUUGAUCGCAUCAACAUCGGUAAUGCUCGGAUCCAGGGCUUGGAGGCCGACCUCAACAUGACCGGCCAGGACUACAAUAUUGCUCUCUUUACCUUCUUUAUUCUCUAUAUCCUACUCGAAGUCCCUUGCAACAUUCUUCUCAAGAAUAUGAGACCGUCGCUCUUCAUUUCAGCUAUCAUGACAGGAUGGGGUAUUGUCACCAUCUGCCAGGGUCUUACAAAAUCCUUUGCCGGUUUGAUCGUCUGCCGUGUCAUUAUUGGUGGGCUCGAGGCAGGCUUUUUUCCUGCUUGUGUGUAUCUUCUCAGCAUGUACUACUGCCGCCAUGAACUUCAGUGGCGUUUUAACCUCUUCUUCUCGGCCAGUAUCAUUGCUGGCGCUUUUAGUGGUCUUUUGGCUUAUGCCAUCGCUCACAUGGAUGGAGUCGCUGGGUACGGCGGUUGGAGAUGGAUUUUCAUCCUUGAAGGCAUCGCCACUGUUAUCAUCGCCGUUGUUAGUUAUUGGUUUAUUCCAGACUGGCCCGAGACAGCAAAGUUCCUCUCCGACGAUGAGCGAGCGCUUCUUAUUAAUCGACUUGCCGAGGAUAGAAAGGAUACACAUAUGAACACUUGGAAUGCCAAGACGGCGAAGCGAAUAUUCUCAGAUAUCAAGAUCUAUCUUGGCGUUCUUAUGUACAUGGGCAUCGUGACCACCAGCUAUGCCGGUUCCUUCUUCACCCCAACCAUUCUGAAACAGCUAGGUUGGACAUCAAUUCGCGCACAGAUUAUGUCGAUCCCCAUCUUCAUCUUUGCAACUGUUUGCGCUCUUGUUUCUGCGAUUGCGAGCGAUAAGUUGAAGCAUCGCUCGGGUUUCAUCAUAGGAGGUUGCUGUUUCUCAACCAUUGGAUAUGUUAUCCUACUCAACAUGAUGUCUGUCACUGUCGGGGUUCGAUAUUUUUCUCUCUUCUGCAUUGUUGGCGGUGGCUACAUUGCUCAGCCGAUUGUACUGGUCUGGCUGAGCAACAACAUGUCCGGUCAUUACAAGGUUGGAGUCGCUUCUGCUAUGCAGGUCGGCAUAGGCAACGUGGGCGGAAUUAUUGCCAGCAAUAUGUUUGUCACAUCUCAGGCUCCAACAUACCCCCUGGGCUUUGGAUUGGGGCUUGGCCUUGUCUGGCUCUGCGUUCUCAGCUCUCUCAUCUUCUUGUUCUACAUACAACGAGAGAACAGAUUGAGAGAUGAGGGCAAACGAGAUGAUAGAUAUAAUCUACCAGAUGACGAGAAGAACAAUCUGGGUGACGACCACCCAAGUUUUCGCUUCACUUCUUAG